AUGGCAGAAAUACCCAAGAGAGUUGUCGUGGUAGGGCUGGGCAUGGUUGCCAUGGCCUUCCUAGAGAAGCUCUUCAAGUACGACGCUCGAGCGAGGGAGUACAGCGUCACCGUUUUGGGAGAGGAAUCACAUCUCGCCUAUAACCGAGUCGGUCUCACGAGCUUCUUCCAACACCGCAAAGUGGACGAGCUCUACUUGAAUCCUCUGGAGUGGUACCAAAACCUUGCCAAGUAUGCGUUGACAUACCACAUCAAAACCAAGGUCAUCGGCAUCAAGCCCACACAAAGGUCCGUUCUCUGCCAAGAUGGGAGAGUGGUGCCGUACGAUGUCCUUGUUCUUGCCACUGGCUCCAACGCCGCGCUUCCCCGUCAAACCCCUGGAUACGACGCACGCGGCGUCUUUGUCUACCGCACCAUCGACGACUUGACCAGUCUGAUAGACUUUUCCAGCGAUAAAGCAGGGACCGUCGGCGCCGUGGUUGGCGGUGGCCUGCUGGGUCUUGAAGCCGCCAAAGCCAUGAUGGACUUGGAGUCCUUUGCGGAGGUGAAGCUCGUCGAGCGGAACAAAUGGGUCCUGAGCCGACAGCUAGACGAGGACGCGGGCAGCAUGGUCGUUGGUCAAGUCAGAGACCUCGGUCUAGAUGUGAUGCUAUGCAAGAGAAUACGGCGCAUCAAAUCAGACCAAGCUCAUAACGUCACGGGGGUGGUGUUCGAGGACGGCGCGGAAAUGGACUGCUCGACUGUGUGUUUCGCAGUCGGAGUAAAUGCCCGGGACGAGCUGGCCCACGAGGCUGGCAUUGAAUGUGCCGAGGCUGGCGGCGGGAUUGUUGUCCAUGAUGAUUUGAGCACCAGCGAUCCGAGUGUCUACGCCAUUGGGGAAUGUGCCAGUUGGCAGGGCCAGACGUUUGGCCUAAUCGCCCCCGGCGUCGAAAUGGCCGAGGUUCUCGCCUUCAACCUGACACAGGCCAAGCUUCACUCCCCUCGGAGAUUCAAACGACCCGAUCUCAGCACAAAGUUGAAGCUUCUCGGAGUUGAAGUCGCCAGUUUCGGCGACUGCUUCUCUGACCGCGACGGACCGACGCGUCUUCCUCCUCGAUAUGCAAAAAAGCUUCACGGCGGGGAGCGGGAACCGAGACCAUCCAGCAGCACGGUCAAAACGUUGACGUACAAGGACCCCUUUCAGAAUGUCUACAAAAAGUACAUAUUCACCGCGGAUGGUAAAUACCUUGUUGGUGGCAUGAUGAUUGGCGACACCAGCGACUACGUGAGGCUGGUGCCCCUGGUCAAGAACAUGAAGGAGCUCGACAUGCCGCCGGGCCAGCUCAUCCUCGGAGCGCAGAAAGACGGCGGCGGCUGGGAUGACAAUCUCGACGACGACACACAAAUCUGCUCCUGCCACAAUGUCACCAAAGGCGACAUCGUCAAGAGCGUCAAAGACGGCCUCUGCAAGGAUAUUGGCGCCAUCAAGUCCUGCACCAAGGCCGGCACCGGGUGCGGCGGUUGCAUGCCUCUCGUCACCACAAUCUUCAACAAGACAAUGGCGGUCAUGGGCAACGAAGUCAAGAACCAUCUUUGCUCCCACUUCAACUUCUCACGCGCCGACCUGUUCAACAUCAUCAUGGUCAAGCGGCUGACGACCUUGCCCGAGGUGAUGCGCGAGGCUGGCAACGACAGGGAGAGCUCGGGAUGCGAAUUAUGCAAGCCCGCCGUAGCGAGCAUAUUCGCAUCCUUAUGGAACCGGCACGUCAUGGAGAAGCCGGUCCAUGGCCUGCAAGACACGAAUGACCGGUUCCUGGGCAACAUCCAGCGAAACGGCACCUACUCUGUUGUCCCUCGGGUGCCAGGCGGCGAGAUCACGCCCGACAGGCUCCUCGUCAUCGGGGAGGUGGCCAAGAGGUACAACCUGUACACCAAGAUCACGGGGGGGCAACGCAUCGACAUGUUUGGCGCCAGGAAGCAGGAUCUUGUCGAGAUAUGGGGCCAGCUCGUGGCGGCCGGCAUGGAAUCCGGCCACGCCUAUGCCAAGUCGCUGAGAACGGUCAAGAGCUGCGUCGGCACGACUUGGUGCCGGUUCGGAAUUGGCGACAGCGUCGGCAUGGCGGUGCGGUUGGAAGAGCGGUACAAGAGCAUACGAGCGCCGCACAAGAUAAAGGGCGGCGUGAGUGGCUGCGUGCGCGAGUGUGCAGAGGCUCAGAGCAAAGACUUCGGUCUCAUUGCCACGGAGAAGGGCUUCAACGUCUUUAUCGCUGGAAAUGGCGGUGCAAAGCCCAGGCAUGCGCAGCUUCUGGCCAAGGACGUGCCGCCCGCUGAAGUCAUCCCCAUCCUCGACCGGUACUUGAUGUUCUACAUCAGAACGGCAGACAAGCUGCAGCGCACAGCCCCUUGGCUCGAGAGCUUGCCCGGGGGGAUCACGUAUUUGCGAGAGGUGGUGCUCGAGGACAAGCUGGGCAUCUGUGCAUCUCUCGAGGCGCAAAUGCGGGAACUCGUCGGCAGCUUCUUUGACGAGUGGGCCGAGGCCAUCAAGAGCCCGGUCAUGGCGGCCAAGUUCAAGCAGUUUCAGAACACGGACGAGGGCGUCGAGACGGUCGAGGUCGAGAAGGAGAGGGGCCAGAGCCGGCCUGUCUACUGGACCAAGGGCUCGGCCGAAGAAGACUUCAAGGGCUUACGGGAGAGAUGGAGCAAUGCGUCGUGGCACGCAGUCAUCGAGGCCUCCCACUUUAAUGGCGCCGACGCGCUGCCCAACGGUAUCUCGGCAACCAUUAAGCGCAGUGACACGCAGCUCGCCGUCUGGCGCUUCAGGGGCCGGUUCUACGCCACGCAGCAAAUGUGCCCUCACAAGCGCGCCUUUGUGCUCGACGACAGCGUCGUCUCGAGCGCCGAGCGGUCGCCGUGGGUCUCUUGUCCCCUCCACAAGCGCAACUUCGACCUCGGCGACGGCUCGUGCAGCAGCGACAAGGCCCUCUCCAUCGCCACUUUCCCCGUGGAGGCCCGUGCGGAUGGCAUGGUCUACCUCAAGCUGCCGCCCGUGGAGGAGCUCGACGCGGCACUGGGCACGAGCCGCUGGAAGGUGCGCAAGGGCGAGAGCGGCGAGGCACCGUUUGCGGAGCUGGAUGGCAGGAUUCGGCGGACCGGGCAGCGGGCGAGGAAGCCCAAGGGCGAUAGGUCGGGCGUCGGCGCAGCCGGGACGAGCAUGGCAAAGCCGGUCGAGCUGAUGGCCGGGGGAGGCUGUGGGAGGGUGCCGGAGUGGUAG